AUGAAAAUCCCAUCGGGCGCAUCUCUCGUCUUUCCCUUUGCCAUCAGUGCGGUAGCUCUUCUCUUUGGCCAUCACUAUGCGGCUGCAUCCCAAGACAUCUAUCAUGUUCCAGCCAUGUCUGUUACAACCAGUGUCAAGAACUGGGUGCUGGAAGUGUGGUUGGCCAUCUCAAUGAAGCACACACAGUGGUGUGGUGUAGCCUUGACAGUCUACCUGGUCUAUGUGCUGGUGCAUCUGUACCAAGAUUGGUUGAAAUACUUUGCUUUUCGAAAGCCUCGGAGCAGUCCAAAGUGCCCAUCUCAUGAUGGCAUCCCUGAUGUCAUCAACAUGAAACCUCAAGAAUGUACACAGUUGAACACAAAACAUCAAAGGGGCUCCAGUGACAGACCAGCCCUAUGGCGCACAAGUUUCUUUUCUGCAGACUUUGAUGGAUCCAUCCUGGAAAACUUACCAGUCCAUGAAAAGAAGAGCAAACAUCUUGAUGUUGACCAUGUCUACUUGAACUUUGGCCUAUUCCUUGUGGUCAAUGUCAUCAUUUACCCUCCCUUGGUUUUGCAGGUGAUUUACAAACUCACUACUCUUCGAGCAAGAUAUGAACUUGCCAAGAUGGGCCUGGUAGUUCCCAAGGCUUUCAUUCCAGAAAGUGUAUCUGCCAGUCUCAUCUUGAACACUAAGUUGGUGCUCUACUAUUGUGGGAAAGUGGAUGAAGGAGCAACUGCCCAGUUUGUGUUUCCCAACUUUGCAGCUCUUCAUAAUGAUGGCACUGCCUAUCAUGGAACAAUGGAAGUUCACAUUGACUUGAACACCAAGACAGUAGCUAAGGCCUGGUGGAAUGGAGAGACCCUCUCACCCAAGGAUUGUUUUGCAUUUGUUUCCUUUUCUGUUGCAUUUAACUCCCAUAUCAAGGCCCAUGCUGUAGCCAACUGGGCAGUCAAUGUGGAGACGAAACAGCUCUGGAAGAAUCCCCUGGAAGCAAUCAAUGAUGCCACUACAGUCAUAUGGAAUCACUGGGCUAACAGGUUCAAUGAAAUUUAUUCACUGUUUCAGGCAUUUGGUAUGCUGUCAACUCAAGCCUGCCCCAAGAGUCUAUCAGAAGAUGUGUUUGGGUGUGCCCUCAAAAAUGGCAUACCCCAACAUGAUAGUUCCAUUGCUGAACUGGCCAAACAUUCAAGAUAUGUUGAUUUCCUCAUGAAAGUCCGUAUUCCCAUGUUGAGAGGCUUUAUGAAGUACAAGGCAUCUAUGUUCCCAGGCGUGGAGUUUGAGGCACUUUUUGUUGGCACUGUUGGACACUCCAUUGGUCACUACUUUUUUGAAACCAUUGUGGCAGAUAGCCUCUGGUUGGAUGUUGACUCCAAACAAUAUGGGCUCAUGGCACAGUUUACAAAGGUUGCCCAUGGCUGUUUCACACCUGAUUUGCCAUUCUACUUGAUUUCACCAAAGUACAAAGAUCAAUGGCAUCCAUUCUACAGAACCAUUUAUCAGAGGGCAGCUGCUUUUGAUAAAGAACUUGCUGAUACAAUGGAGACUUGUAUUGCAAAAUGA